CCCGCUCCGUGCCAACGGCGGGCGGGCGGACGGGAGGACGGACGGACGGCCCGCGGGCAGGCACCCAGCCGCGCAGGCACGCAGCGCACCGAGGAGCGGGGCUCUGCCGGCCGCGGGGAUGCCGGGGAGGAGAGGCGGGCGGCCCCGUCCCGCCGCAGUGGCUAAAUGGGCGUUUGUUACAUACACUGAGCAAGAGGGAAUCCGUCAUCAGUCCUGACACCCAGGUGUUCCUGACUGCUGCACGCACCUCACAAGUGCAGUAGAGCUCCGUGCAGCUGCUGAACAAGACCUUACCACAGAGCCCUGCGGGAUGCUGCAUCAGGUCAAGUCAUCUGGUAGAAUCCAGUGUUUUGCCUCAGUGAUGCAUAGCUCUACUCCCUAAUCUGUGGGAUAUUCCCGUGUUCAUAGUUAAAUUGCACGUUCAAAUGCUUUGCUGCAUCAAGAUCAUUAAACUGUGGUAUGGCGCAGAGCACCGGGUGUAAAUGAGCUCCGGCCUACCACAGCCUCGGGCACCACCAGGCAGCUGUACAGCCCCCCGGGACAGCCAGGAGGGGCUCCCCACGGACAGCGGCACCGUUUGAAAAAACGUGGGGAACCACGUGUGCGGGGAGCAGACUGCAGGACUGGACAUUCAGUGGCUGUGCACAAUUCCCAAUGCCUCAGUCAUCAUAAUGAUACCCAGCUCUUAUUCAGGGCUUGUUACUUACAGGCAUGUAAGAGCUUAAACGAAGAGACAAAUUAUUGACCAGAAAAUGGCCCAGCGAAGCCCGAUCUUCCCAACUCUUGCCCAUUCUGAAAGGACAGAUAGAUGCAGUAGCAAGCAGCAUCCGUUUAUUUGCAGCAGUGCGCCCUCUCUACGGGUUCGAAACAUACCGCUGCAUAGCCAGGCGUUGACAGCGGUCCCGCUGGCAUCUGCAAGCCUUGUGGAUCAGCUGGAAGACAGAAUCCUAAGCCAUGAGAAAACCACGGCAGCGCUCGUGGAGCACGCUUUUCGCAUUAAGGAGGACAUUGUUUCCACUCUGCACAGAAUGCAGAACAAAGGGGGGGGCGAUCGGUUGGCUAGGCAACUCUUAGAAGAACAUAUCCGAAACAUAACUGCAAUAGUGAGGCAGCUUAAUCGGGACAUUGAGAUGCUGCAGGAACAGAUACGUGUCAGAGACAAUCUCAGCUAUGGAACAAAUUCUACCCUAAAGAGUCUGGAAAUGCGGCAGCUUUCUGGUUUAGGAGAUCUUCGGGGAAGAGUGGCAAGGUGUGAUGCCGGGUUAGCCAGACUGUCUGCAGAGCAUAAAAUUACAUAUGAAAGACUUCAGAGCCUAAGUAAAGACCAACACACCUCUAAGUUGAUCUUAGAAUCUAAAAUCAAAGAGGCAGAAAUACAGAUUUCUCAUCUCCUGAGCAGAGUGGAGCAGUCAAUAAUGCAGCAAGAAGCAAAGCUGAAGGUUGCCUAUAAGGAGAGCACGCAGCAGCUCCACCUGCUGGACACCAAAUUAAAAAACGCUAUUGAGGAACUCAGCAGCCAGAUUUUGUCUGCACGCAGCUGGUUGGAACAGGAACAUGAAAGGAUUGAAAAAGAACUUGUGCAAAAGCUGGACCAACUCUCAUUGACUUUUAAGGAAACCACGGAAACGAGUGAAAGAGCUAUAGAGAUGAAAUUCAACCAAAUGUCAGAGAAAAUUGACAAAAUAGAAGAAAUACAGAAGAUAAACAUGGAAGCACAUGAAGCACAACAGACUGAAGAAAAGAUAAAUAUUCGCAUUGGCAAACUUCAAAAUGAGAUUAAUGAAGACAUAAAAGAAAUGAAAGCUGAAGUUAAUGCUGGGUUUGCAGCUAUCUAUGAGAGCAUUGGGUCUCUACGGCAAGUUCUAGAAGCGAAAAUGAAGCUUGACAGAGAUGAACUACAGAAGCAGAUCCACCAAAUGAAGCAGGAGAUUCCAGCAUGGGGAGAGGCUGGACCGUGACUGCAAGAUUUUGUUUGAGAUGAAUAUUUCCCUGGCUAAUAGGCAGACUAUAAUCUUGUUCCAGUCUGUAAUCCAAAUGUAAUGCAUGUACCGAAGGACAUGCUGCUGUUGCACAGGUUUGUAUGUUUAAGUGGUAAAUGCAAGCUUUUAAUAGAUCAACUGACAAGAAGCUUUUAUGGGCUGAGGUGCUGGUUUACCACUGCACUGCUCUAGUUGCUCUCAGGAGAUUACCAACAUAAAACUAGAGUAAUAUAUUGGUGAAGCUGGCACCUAAUUUGCUAAAGGCAUUUCAAUGCUCCCCAGUUUUGUAGGCUUGAUCAGGCAGUUAUAUGCUUAUAUGUAUAAGCAUCUCGAUAUAUUCUUUUUUAAAUAAGAAGUUGGUAUCACUUGUUUAUUAUCAGUUCGGCAAGGUUCUCCACCUUGAUACAAAUUACUAUGUUUGAAGUCACCAGACAUUUUUGCAGUGACCUUCUCUACUAUUGACUCCCUGAGGAGACAGAAUUGGCACCAAACAGACCAAUUUUCAAAACUUAGAUACUGUCAGAAAACUUUUGUUUAGCUGUGCAAAUAUCCUGUGUGCGUGCGUACGCGUGUGGAAACUAAAUAGUAUUAUAUAAUGUAGUUGUAGACUAAGAUGAUUCAUGAACAAUAUAAGAAACAACUUGUGAUCUUAUGUAUUGUGACCUUUUUAAAUGAAUAACCAAGUAGACUUGAGACAAGGUAAAAGAUUUAUAUACAGUAUUUUAUAAGCUGGGCAUGUGUUCCUGUGACUUGUUUCAUUAUAUUACUAUGAACUUUGAAAGGUUUGAAAACAAAAGAAAAAGUGAUGAUCU